GCAAGAGCACGGCUCUUCCUUUUUCCUCUGCAAAGCUGCGAUAGUGAAGCAGGGGUAUCUGGAAGAUACGCCCUUGCGUGAAGAGGCACGGCACGGCAGCAGCCUCAAUUUUCCCUCGUCCUGGCGGCGGUGUGACCCCGCAGCCCCACUGCAGGUGACCCCCUAGGAGGGGUGACGAGAGGCCCUGCGGGCACCCUGCUCCCAAAACCGCACCGAGGCUUUGCGUGUUUGCCUCCCUGGGGCACUCCCUCCCUGCCUCACCGCCUGCCUGCUUCCACAGGACAGCUCUUUGAGGCGCUUGCCUGGAUUUCUGCGGGGCGCCGGCAUAAAUAGGGGUGCAUGCCCGAACUGCCUCACGGGUGCGAGAGGGGCAAGAUGAGGAAAAGAAACUGAAGAACAGAAACAGCGAGAAAGGGACGAAGCCGCAGACACCUCAGGCUAGCCGUGGUUUCUCCCGAAAGGACGUGCCGCCUCGCUGACACAAGGACAGCCUAUGACGUCCUAGAACAGGUACUAAUGGAAGGCCCUUUGCAAACCUCCCUUCAUGUGUGCCACGAAAAUGGCCAGUGGAUGUCAGAGUUACCUGAAAAGCUCUGGGAUAUUCCCCUCUAUAACUUAGCUCUUCCAGGGAGUCACGACACUAUGACGUACUGCUUGGAUAAAAACUCGGCCGUUAGCGGCAAUGAAUCGAAGCUGGUGGAGUUUUUAAAUAAAUUUAUGCCCUGCAUUGUACGCCCGAUCAUUAUGAAGUGGUCUAUAACGCAGGUACUGACUGUGACGGAGCAACUUGAGGCCGGCGUUAGAUACUUGGAUUUUCGGAUUGCCCACAAGGCCAAUGAUCCAUCAAUGAAUCUGUACUUCGUGCACAUGGUGUACACGACUGUUGUUGUACAGGAUAUUCUGUGGGAAGUGUUAAAGUGGUUGGAAACUCAUCCUCAGGAAGUUGUUAUCUUAGCCUGCAGGAAUUUUGACGGAUUAAACAAGAAACAUCACUGUCAUCUUAUUGCCUGUAUAAAAGAGAUUUUCCAGUGUAAGCUGUGUCCCAGAAAUGUGGUUCCGACGCUGCGGACCAUGUGGCAGCAUGGCUACCAGGUCAUAGUCUCGUAUGAAGAAGUCAUGGAGUUGGAGAAGCACUGCGAGCUGUGGCCUGCCAUCCCGUACUGGUGGGGGAACAGAACUUCUACUCACGCUCUUAUCCAGUAUCUGGAGCGCAUGAAGCGGAUGGGCCGGCCAGAAAAAUUCUUUGUUGCGGGCAUUAACCUUACUGAAAAUUUAAGAUACAUUCUUUUACACCCAUUUGGCUCACUGAAGGAAAUGACACUCCGGAGUCUUCCAUGCUUGAAAAUCUGGGUGAGGAAGCAGUAUCCAGGAACACAAAAAGAAUGUAUUAACAUCAUUGCUGGAGACUUCAUAGGAAACGAUGAUUUUGUCAGAGACGUGAUAGAACUUAACACAAAAAUUAAUCCUCCAUUAGACUGUCACAGCAAAGCAGCAGGAACAAAUACCAUUUCAUUCUCAGCUUUAUAAUCUUUGAAAAGCUGAAAAGACUUUGUGUGUAUUGAACGUUUCCUGGUUUAAACAUCUUGGACUACAUAAAGGUCCAGUUAACUUACACCAGGGAUGUUUUAAAAACUCAUUAAGAGAGGUGCUCUCAAAAUCAUCAGGCUUUCAAAGUGUUUUCAUGAAAAAGAGAGCAGGAAGAUCUUGCUGAAGUCUCUAGAGAACUGUUAUGUGGGUGUAAUUUACUUAGAGGUGCUUAGAUUCUGUAGCAGCUGGCAAUAUUGGAAAUCUCAAGAACUUACUCCUAUUUUAUUUUACAUCCAAGUAAGAAGAAAAAUAUAAUGUCACUAGUUGCACAAAUUGUUUUGUAAUUUUAUUUUUCUUGGAGUUUAAAAGAUACCUGCAACCCCAAUUCUCAGUAUUUUAUCAGUGUGAAACUGACUUGUCUGUUUUCAUAGACUGUAUUAAAUAUGCAAUAUGAAAAUGUUAAAAAUAUUUUUGAUAUAUGAAAGAUAAGGUACUGGCACACUGCAGUUGUGUGCUGAGUUGUGAACCAUUUUACUAGCAGGGUAGUCACAACAUUCCUCACGAUUUGUGAGAUAUGUGCAUUGGAACACUUUCAUUAUUAUCAUUCAUGCCCCUUCUGCAGUCGCUCCAAAGGUACCAGAGCCAGGCUCCUGGACAGUUUUGUCUGCUGCAGUAAAAUGUGUUUUAUUAGGAGCUGCCAAAAUACCCUUUAUGCUGAAAAUAAACACAUAUGAAACUAAUUUUUAAUCUAAACUCAGACUGCUUUAAAAAUACAGUUCAUGAGCUUGUCAUGUUUGAGGUUUCACAACUGGUCUUCCUUUAUUAACAUAUUUUUGUAGUGCCAUAGUCAUAUUUCCUCUCAGUAAGUAUUCUUUGAUUGUGUAAAUGCUGUUUUUAUGCUGCUUGGCACUGUAAAUUAAUUCUAUUUUUCUAAUUUUUAAAUGGACUGUGCAAUAACUGAUGAUCAUGAAGGUAAGAAAAAUGCCAAGUAUCAGGGCUAAAAGAAAACAGGCAUUGUAUAAAGUUCACUAUGCAGCUUCAUCAAUAUACCUCACUUUUGAUAUGCACUUUACAUGUAAAAGCUGAGUUCAGGUGUCUGGCAAGAUGCUCAUGUUUGUAAUAGAUGGUUGCAUAACUCAAAUCAACUGCCACUUGAUACCAGAUCAAAGUUACCUUUGACUUCUAGGAAUGAAAGGCCAAGAUGCUUACUCCUCAUCUCAUGCAAUCUUCCACAAUUGCAGAUGACAUAGGAGUGAAAACCAAACAUUCCAUUGAGAAGACUUUUUUUUUUUUUUUUAUGGGCCUUUUAAUCCAUGUUCUCACCUCUAUUUACUUCAUAUAGAGCAGUCAUUCAGUUUAAUUUUUUGAAGAGUCACCACCUGCAUGAAGUGUUAUUAUAACUCAGAAUGUUUUUCUGCCUAUCUUUUGUACCUUUCAAAUGUCUUGUUACUUUACUUAAUAAAACUUGAUCUGUUUGUGUAAUAAA